GUCUGCAAACUUUGUACACAGCCAGAGGCCAGGGCUUCAAUGGAAGUCCCAUCAUGCCCUUCUUUCCUGCUGUUUAUCAGUGUAGGGGGAGGGGAGCAUAGAUUGCAGGGACAGUGAAGCUGCAGGACAGGUGAGACUUUUCUAGGAGCUGCUGAGGACCAUCCAGCCUGGGAAAGAGAGAACAGCAUCCAGCGGAGCCCAGGAGCACAGGGGACAGACAGGUAAAAUGCUUCUAGAAAUUGUUGGAGCUCUGGUGGUCGGGGCUCUCCUCUACCACUUUUUCUUCAGGAAAACGGAUGACACUUUGCCAAUGGGAGAUGGAUGGUGGGGUCCUGGGCAGAGACAAGAUGAUGAUAACGAAGAUAUCCGUCCUUUCAAAAUUGAGACUUCAGAAGAGGAGCUAAAUGAUUUGUUCCACCGGAUAGAUCAGACGCGUUUCACGGAGCCACUGGAGGGAAGUCGCUUCAACUAUGGCUUCAACUCCAUCCACCUGCGGAAAGUGGUGUCUUACUGGAGAAAUAAAUUUGAUUGGAGGAAACAACUGGAAGUUCUCAACCAAUACCCACAAUUUAAGACCAAAAUUGAAGGGCUCGACAUUCAUUUUCUUCACGCAAAGCCAACGAACCUCCCAGCUGGUAGAAGAGCCAAGCCCCUUAUUAUGGUCCAUGGAUGGCCUGGAUCCUUCUACGAGUUCUACAAGAUAAUCCCCCUUCUGACUGAUCCUGCCAGCCAUGGUCUCAGCGAUGAGCAUAUUUUUGAGGUCAUCUGCCCAUCCAUCCCAGGCUAUGGGUUUUCUGAGGCAUCACAUAAACAAGGAUGCAACUCAGUGGCUGUGGCUCGAAUCUUCUAUAAGUUGAUGCAGCGUUUGGGAUUCCGGGACUUCUAUGCUCAGGGUGGGGAUUGGGGAGCUUUGGUCUGUACAAACCUUGCCCAGAUCGCUCCCAGCAAUGUUAAGGGUCUGCACCUUAACAUGGUGUUUGUGUCCAACUUUAAGCCUGUGGUGGUCCUCUCCAUUUUGCUGGGCCAGUAUUUCCCAGGGCUAUUCGGCUUCAAUGACCUGGAAGUGAGAACAAUGUUCCCCUUUAUGAAGAAGGUGGUUGGGCACAUCAUUAAGGAGAGCGGGUACAUGCAUCUCCAAGCCACCAAGCCAGAUACCGCAGGCUGUGGACUAAAUAGUUCCCCCGUUGGUCUGGCAUCAUACAUUCUAGAGAAAUUCUCCACUUGGACAGACCCUGAUUUCCGUGACCACGAGGAUGGAGGUCUGGAGAGGAAAUUCACUUUGGACGAACUUCUGACCAAUAUCAUGAUUUAUUGGCUCUCCGGCUCCAUUGUCUCUUCCAUGAGGUUCUACAAGGAAAACCUGGGAAAAGGAAUGGGCCAUGCCAAACAUGAAAAAGUCCCCGUCAUGGUCCCCACAGGCAUCGCCUUGUUCCCCAACGAUCUGUUGCUUUGUCCUCUCCUGUGGGCCAAGCAGAAGUACGUCAACAUCGUCUCUUUUAAUCACAUGCCCCAAGGGGGCCACUUUGCUGCCUUUGAAGAGCCAGAAAUUCUGGCAAAAGAUAUCCAACAAUUUGUAGCAAAAAUGGAACGAAAAUAGCUGUGUCCUAAAUAAUGCAAUAGAGGAGGCCGAGUGCAAAGAGGACCUGUCUUAUAUCAAGAACCUGCAACCGCUUCUUGCAUAGUAUUGAGUGCUAUUUUUUUAAAGAAAUUAUAGUGAAAAUAUUAUAGUCAUCCUGCAGUUGAUUGUAUUUUAUACCAAUAUAUCAACAUUUUUAGAAUCCGCUUACUAUUUCUGGGUAAUAAAUGUAUGAAAAUCGUAGGCUUAUUUCUUGUUUUUUCUGUUUUUAUAAUUGAAUGACUUUUGAAUAAAUGUUUAUUAGUUCUUUG